AUGCGAGAGGGUAAAAUCAAUCCUCCAUCCAACAAAGCUCAUACCUUCGUCAUCUUAGCCACAUACUAUUUCACCAAAUGGGUAGAGGCCACUUCAGUAAAGAGCAUAUCUUCCUACGAGCAAAUAGACAGGCUGAGUCUACCAACAUUGAUCAAUAUCAUCAAGAAAAUAGGAAACAAUAAUCCUAGUACAAAGGCGGAACUAGGGAUGGAAAUAAUACUCGUCGGGUCCUCGGCCCUAAAAGGAGAGUUUUCGGGGGGAAAUCAGGGCCGGGUACGGGGAUCCCCGAAUUUGCAAAAUCCUUGGUCGGGGAUGGGCCUAGGAUGGUAUUGUUAUCCCCGUCCCCGGACCCGGCCCGAUAAGUAA